AUGGCUCCCCUGCAGAUUAAAAAUAAAUUCUCUCCUUAUGCGAGCCCGGUACUGCUUGUAAAGCAAGAUGGCAAAAACAGACUGUGUGAUGACUUUCGGCGUUUAAACAAGCAAACCAUUCGUCAACGUUAUCCGUUGCCGGAUAUGUCGGAACAGCUUGAGGCGUUGGCGGCCGGGAAAAUGUUCAUACAGUUGCAUUUGGCGAGUGGAUAUCUCCAAAUACCGCUAACACCGGAAGCUGCUGAAAAAACUGCGUUUAUCACAGCUGACACGACAGGUCAGUUUACGCGCAUGCCAUUCGGGCUGUCGAGCGCAGUCGCCGAGUUUACGAGGCUGAUGCAGUACGUGUUAGGGCCGCUGCAAGGUAAAACAGUGCACAAUUACUUGGACGAUAUGGUGAUUGAUGGCUCGGAUUGGCCUGAUCUGUUGACUAAGUUGAGGUCCGUGUUGGGACGACUCAAAUCGGCAGCAUUGACAUUAAAACCGUCAAAAUGUCUUUUCGGGACGAAGAGUAUUGAGUUCCUUGGAUUUGUAGUCGGAGGUGGUGAGAUUAGACCAGGACUGAAGAAAACGCGUGCGAUCAACGAGUAUCCUGUUCCGGAAGACGCUUAUUCGUUGAGACGCUUCCUUGGAUUAGCGAGCUUUUUCAGACGGUUCAUUCCCAAGUUUGCCCUGAUUGCCUCGCCGCUCAAUAAAUUGACCAAGAAAGGAGAACGGUUCUGUUGGGGUGAAGAACAUGAAGCAGCUUUUCGGAAGUUACAGGCGGCUUUGGUGAGCGAUUCUGUUUUGACUUUGUUUAGACCUGACGCUGCUACAACUGAAUUGCACACGGACGCCAGUACGAUUGGUCUGGGGGCCAUGUUAAUGCAAUCAGUGAAGUUGGGUGACCCACUACGUGUUGUCUACAAUGCAUGUCGGAAGACCAGUGACGCGGAAACCAGGUAUCAUUCUAGUAAACUAGAACUUUUGCGCUCUGGUGGUCAGGUGGUGAAGCAACGGUCACAGUGGGUGACGUAA